AUGCAUAUGUCUUCUCCCAUGGCGACUGCUUCUCAUGGAGGGGAAGAAAGGCGCAGCAUUGCCUGCGAAUUUGAGGGAGCCCUCCUUAUCUCAAGGAGACUCUUUGCCUACUUCAUGCUUACUGCUCUUGAAGCUGGUGGGCCCAUCAGGGCUCUUACACUGCUCCUAAUCUUCCCUCUCCUAUGGUUGCUCGAGCUCGUCGGCCUUGAGAGGAUGGCUCUUCAACUGAUGAUCUUUGUAUCCACUGCUGGUCUUAGGGUUGAUGAUCUGAAGGCUGUGGCGAAGUCCACCCUGCCCAGAUUUUAUUUGGAAGACCUGAGGCAGAGAGCAUAUCAGGUUUUCUCGAGCUAUGAGGGGAAGAAAUAUGUGGUUAGUUGUAUCCCCAGGAUCAUGGUUGAGCCCUUCCUGAAGGAGUUCUUGGAUGUGGAUCAUGUGAUUGGCACCGAACUGAAGAUGUUCAAAGAUUGCUCUGCAGGCCUGGUGGCAUCACCAGGAGUCAUGGUAGGUGCCCGUCGACUUGAUGCAGUUCUAUCUAUCACGGAGGAUGCUGAGGUGAUCAGUGUUGGAUUGGACAGUGGGUUAAGAGAUCAGACAUUUAUGUUGCUGUGCAGGGAACGCUGCCCGAUUCCACCAGAAGAGAAUUCCUCACCCUUGCGAAGAAAGGAUUAUCCUAAGCCAUUGAUCUUCCAUGAUGGUCGUCUUGUGGCUCAUCCCACACCAUUGGAUUUCCUGGCUGUGAUCCUCUGGCUGCCCCUUGGUGUUCUUUCGGCCUUUUCCCGGAUCCUUGUGGGUAUCCUACUACCAUACAAGAUGGGCCUAGUGGGCUCUGCAGUAACGGGCUUUCGCAUUAGGGCCCAGUUUCCAAAAGCCCAACAUGCUGUCAAUACACCUACGUCUGUGGGUACACCAAAUAGAAGGGGCACACUGUAUGUCUGCAAUCAUCGAACACUCCUCGACCCUGUGAUGAUAUCAACAGCUAUCCAACGAAAGGUGACCGCUGUUACAUAUAGUUUAAGUAGAUUCUCAGAGGUGAUUUCUCCAAUCCCAACCGUCCGAUUGACCAGGGACCGCUUCAAGGAUGGUGCAACAAUGCGAUCGCUGCUCAGUCAUGGUGAUCUGGCAGUCUGCCCAGAGGGGACCACCUGCCGGGAGCCAUACCUCCUCCGAUUCAGCCCAUUGUUUGCCGAGAUCACUGAUAACAUCAUUCCGGUCGCCGUAACAGCUGAGGGCAGCAUGUUCUAUGGGACCACAGUCAGGGGGCACAAAUGGUUGGAUUCACUCUUCUUCCUAAUGAAUCCUAGGCCUUGCUAUCAGUUGUGCUUCCUUGAAACUAUAACAAGGGAUCAAAGAUCCAGCUAUGAAAUUGCAAAUGGCAUCCAACAGUUGAUCGGGCAAGCAAUCGGGUUCGAGUGCACCAAUUUCACCCGAAAGGACAAAUAUCAGAUGCUUGCCAGCCAUGACGGUGCGGACACCAGGAGAUGA